CCUCUAUGUGAAAUCACUGCAUAUCGGGGACAUUACACCAUCGCCGAGUUUGAGAAAAAAAAUCAUUUCUCCCAGUAGAGGAUCAGCUGUGUGAGAAGCAAGAUGCUGAGAUUCAGUCAGAAGUUCUGGCAUGCGGCCAGAAUCGGCGAAGUUCUUGACGGUAAUGUGAGUUCUAUUAAUUUAGCCUGUAGUCAUUUGAAAUGCCAUCGAAAGUGCGAGUAUUCAACAGAGACGGACGCCAGGAAAACGUGUCUGUAUGACUUUCAUGUGGAGAACCAUGGAAAAGUAGUCAAUUUUGCCGGUUGGCUCCUGCCAGUACAAUACAAAGACGCUAUCGCAGUGUCCCACCAACAUACACGCACCUCCGCGUCACUAUUCGACGUCGGGCACAUGUUGCAGACGAGAGUGUGGGGAAAAGACGCGGGAGAAUUCUUGGAGAGUCUCACAACAGCUGAUCUGAAGAAUCUCAAAUCCGGCGGAGCAUCACUCACGAUAUUCACCAAUGAUAACGGUGGGAUCCUUGAUGAUCUCAUCAUCACCAAAGACGGACAGGAUCGUUAUUUCGUGGUGUCCAAUGCCGGAAGACGGAAAGAGGACAUGGAACUUCUGAACCAACGGCUGGACGAGUUCGUCAAACGAGGGAAGAAGAUCCAGCUGGAGUACCUGGACCCUCUCGACCAGGGUCUGCUGGCUCUGCAGGGGCCAAUGGCAGCGAAGGUUCUCCAGACCCUUGUGAAAAUCGAUUUAACCAAGUUGUUCUUCAUGAACUCAGUGGAGACGCAGAUCGCCAGCUGCAACGUGAGAAUCACCAGGUGUGGGUACACGGGAGAAGAUGGUUUCGAGAUUUCUGUCAGGGGAAAGGAUGCCAGGAGUUUAGCGGGGAUGAUUCUGCAGGCGGAUGAGGUGAAAUUGGCGGGAUUGGGUCCAAGGGACAGUCUAAGAUUGGAGGCAGGAUUAUGUCUGUAUGGCCACGACAUCAAUGAAGACACUACACCAAUAGAAGCUGGACUAGCCUGGCUCGUCGCCAAACGACGCAGGGCAGAAGGCAACUUCACCGGCGCCGAGCGCAUUUUGACGCAAAUCAAAGUGGGCGUCAUGAAGAAGCGAGUGGGUCUGAUGCUCGGACAAGGUCCACCAGCCCGGGAAAACGCACCGAUUCUGACCCUUGAAGGCGAGAGAGUUGGGGUUAUCACGUCAGGAGGACCAAGCCCAACCCUAGGGAAACCAAUAGCGAUGGGCUAUGUUCCUCCGGACCUCGCGCAGAACGGGGGAGGUGUCCUGGUGGAGGUGCGCGGGAAAACUUAUAAAGCUACUCUCACGAAGAUGCCGUUUGUCAAGGCCAACUACUUCACCGGAAAAUGAUGAUAUUCGCUCAGGCUUUUGUAUGAAUGUAAUAAAGUUUUUGCAGUUUCAUAUGCCUUAUUCA